CAUUCUUUUUCGGCACCCCACCCUUCAGGCCUGAACUUGCCGGAAGACCUAUCGAUAGAAUGUGGAAAUAUCCUUGUUUUUCGUCGGCAUUCCUAUUCGUUGCACUACUAUUAGCAAGCCAUCCAGAGGGGAUCAGAUGCUUUGCAACACCAAGAAUAUCCAACAAGCAUGGAGUCUUUCCUUUCCAAUCUACUUUGUUUUCUUCCCCGGAAGGAUCCGCCACUCCACCGCCCAGAGCCGUCGUUGAGGGCUACAUUUCACCAUCCGAUCAAAACAAUGUCGUGGCAGCUCUGCAGCGGGUUGGAUUUGAUACCAGUCUCAUGAAUAAAAAUAACAAUAAUAAUCAUGACAAUCCGCAGCCAGAAGAAUGCUACAGAUAUGCGGUCGUCAAAGCCACGGGAAUGUUGAAAUUGUUGGGACAUCCUCCAAUAAUAAGCAACGAUGAUAGCAACAAUAACAAUAUUCCAAAAUGGAUCCCUCUCAUAUCAGAUAUGGAACACGUUCUCAUUCAAAAUGGGUGGAGCUUCCUAGAUCCAGAUGAAUCCGAACCGCUCAGUGCCUACAAUGUCGAUGCCGCCAAUGCCGAAGGGCUGUACCAACCCAAGUGGGGUCAACAACAGCAACAACAACAGUAUGAUAAUAGUGCCUCGUUCUCCGACUUGGGAUACUCGUUGACACCAUGGACCAAGGAUCAAAUCAUGGAACAGGCAGCACUCUUCUUGGAGGACGACGCUUUAUUGACACGACAAGUACUGCUACACGGCGCCACGGAUCCACCCCAACGAAAAACAACCCACAACGGAUACAACUUUGCCGGAUCCAUGAGUGACAAUGACAAGCAUGGCAUUUUUGUCUGCGCCGUGGGCGGAUUGCCACUCUUUACCACGCACCAUCUCAUGGCAUCUGCGGGAUGGUUGUCCUUUGCAGCACCCAUUUCGGAGGAUCACGUCGAGUUGGUGCCACCGUUGCCCGAAUCCACAGAUCGACGCGUCGAAGUGGUGUGUGCCAGAACCAAAUGUCAUUUGGGACAUUACUUUGGAACUGAAAGAGACAGCAGUGACGGAUAUUACUGUAUCAAUGCCAGUGCACUCGACUUUUACAGUUUGGAGUCAAUGCCAACAGUGUCGGCGCUGAUUCCAUCAUCCUUCCGUUUCAUGGAACAACAGCUUUCUUCUGCGUCAUCAUCACCGGCGCUUCAGCUACUCCAACAAAUGAUUGACCAUGCAAUGCCGCCCACCAAAACCGUUCUACUCGGGGCCGGGUGUUUUUGGCAUGUCGAGUCGGCUCUGCGACGGUUGCCAGGGGUGGUAUCCACCUCGGUGGGAUUUGCUGGUGGCACCGUCAACAAUGUCUCGUACGAACAGGUAUGCCACGAACAAACGGGUCAUGCCGAAGUUGUACGGGUCGAGUUUGUCCCCGAUAUUCUACCCGUUCGCGUCUUGCUGGAUUGCUUCUUGGCCAUGCACGAUCCUACCAAAAGUCGGGCUUUGGGGAAACAUGCCAAGGGCACUGGACAAUAUCGUAGCUGUUUGUUUGUCUUCAAUAAUAAUAAUGAUCCAGAAAUCAUGACCGUGGCAGAACAAGCCCUGGAAGAGUGUCAACGGCAGUUGGGCAAGGAAGUCGCCACGGAACUGCGACAAGUGGAUGCUUUCUGGGAGGCCGAAGAGAGACAUCAACGCCACAACGAAAAGCGAUCCGGCAAGAAGGAACGUUUGUCGACGCUAACAGCAACCGAGUGGCUCAGCGAGUAUGGGAAGCGGAGCCCAUCUGUGCUUGGGUCCGCGGAGAGUCUUGUUCAGCAGCUUCCGCGGUAGCGAAUGCAUACUGCCAGUAGCACGGUGCCAAAACAGAACAAGAUGGAGAAGAUUGUCUCGCCACGAAACCUCAUGUUCUCUGUGAUGCCCGCGUUUGUUCAUCCUUCUUGGGGCGAUUCGCAGAUCAAUUCGUCCUGGCUAUAUUGUCCAAGCACGUCUGCUGUACUUUAGAAAUGGUUUACCGGUACCAUGUUUUAUUUUUAAACUGGUGCCGACAAGCUGGCAUACCGGUAGUUCAGCCAAGUAUGCUAGUCUAGCUAGCAACGGCAAAGUGGCUCAGUACCGGUACCGGUUCUAGUACCGUAAAGUUCGCUGGUUGUGUUGUUCGCGGGCCUUGGAUUUUCUUAUUUGAGAGCUAUUUGAGUAACUAAAACGAAUUUAAACCCGCCUUUGCCUAAUAACCAAAACCACAUAUUUUCUUGUUGUUUUAGAAAUUUCUAACUCAGCUCCUGAUUAUUCUCGAAUUUGUUCUGCGGACUCUGCAAGAAGGAUCUUUGCUUGGAUCUUCCAGUCGGCAC